AUGUCGAAUCGGUCUUUGCGAUCAAAACGGUCGGGCAAGUCAAGUGAUGUGGUAAAAAGUAGUGCAAAUGGUGGUGUGCAAACGGUGGUCAUGGAGGAUCCGGAGGAGUCCCAUCCCGGUCAUACAUGUCAGGUGUGCCGAGGAGAAGAUACGGACGAGAUGGUGAGAUGCGACGAUUGCCUGAAAUGGCAUCACUUCGGAUGUGUCGGAGUCACGCAGGAGGUUGAGAAUUAUACCUGGAGAUGUACCAAAUGCGAAACAGCGAAAGGUGUCCAGGCAACAAGUUCAACUUCUGAAGCAGUUCGUCCUCAUGAAGGUGGUGGUCAUAAAAAGCAGUCGUCCGAUCCCGUCGAUGCUACCAACUCGAGUCAAGCAGAAGUCGCUGUCGAUCCAGUUCCGUCCAUCACAACUCUACAGUGGGAUACGAGGAGUAAGAAGAUAAACCCAUCGAUCAAACCGUCGAAAACAACCUCUAUAGCAUCGAGUCGCUCCUCGCAAGCCCUUGCGAAGCUAAAGCUCCAGAAGCUCGAGGACUUGAGGAUAAUUGAGCUGCGUGAAGCAGAACUUCAACGAGCGAUUGCAGCGGAAGAAGCGAGAAAGGAGAGGGCCUAUUUGGAGCAAAAAUAUCAGCUGAUGGAGGAGGCUAUAAGUGAAACUAGCUCAGUCAGCAGCGUAGCUUUAAAUCGGAUGAAGGACUGGGUGGCAUCUUCCAGCAAUCAACAGGAAGAGCUUUUAGAUCCAGAGCAGGAUCCGGAUUUGGAGAGUCAGUUUGAUCCUGAUAGCCAUUCAAGCAGGAAGCAAUUGAGAUAUCCUACGGUUUCCCAACUCGGAAGCAACCAAAGCAGCAGUCACGGUACGCUUUCUGGAAGUUCAGAGCCUGGUCCUCCGGAACCAUUCCCAUGGACGGAGUCUUUGAAAUCGCUUUCCGUAAAGCAUCCAGACCCAACUCCGAAAAACCAACGGCCGGUUCAGAAUCCAGCAAAAUCAUUUCUGGUUCCAGAUCGUCCAAGGCCGGCUUCGAAUCUUAGAUCUCCACGUUGGAUCUCACCAGAGGGAUCGUCAAGGCCUGCUCCGGUUCAGAAUUGCCCACCGUCAGUUCCGAUUCCUGCUAUUUCACAAAGAAUAUCGGAUCAUAGGUCUUCAGGUUUGGCGCCGAACCCAGAGCGUUUGCAUUCAGAACCUACUCGUUAUCGUCGACAUCCAGAACCAUCACGAUCAGUUCCAGCCCCGACGCCAAUAAAUCUACGGCCAGAACCCGUUCCACGAUAUUCACAACCAGAUCCGAUUCCUUCGUAUUCAAGAUUUGUUCCUAAUCCGGAUUCACGGGUGCCAGCCCCAAUUCUGGUACAGGAUACACCACAGAACUAUCAAAGUUUUCCUCCAAGGCGAUCGAGCCGUCUUCACGAUCGUGACGAGGAUGCAUUGGAUCCAUGUAUGCUUACUCGAAAGCAAUUAGCAGCUCGACAAGCUAUAUCGAAGGAUCUGCCGGUGUUCUCUGGAAAUCCUGAGGAAUGGCCGCUUUUCCGCUCUACCUUCGACAGCACGACAGCGAUGUGUGGGUUUACCGACGAGGAAAAUAUAGCUAGGUUGCAGCGAAGCUUGAAAGGUCGAGCGUACGAAGCGGUGAGAUGUCGGCUGAUGCAUCCUGCCAAUGUUAACGGAGUUAUGUCGACGCUAAAGAUGCUGUUCGGGCAGCCUGAAGUUAUUGUCAACUCGAUGAUUACCAAGAUCAACUCGCUCCCAGCGCUGAAAGAGGAUAAAUUGGAAACGCUCGUGGACUUUGCAGUCAACGUAGAAAACUUCUGUGCGACAGUAGACGCGUGUGGUCUGGAGGAGCAUCUUUACAACGUAACAUUUCUUCAUCAACUCGUCAACAAGCUGCCGCCUUCUAUCAAGUUGAAUUGGGCUCAAUAUAGGCAAACGCUUCCAACGGUCAAUCUUCCGUGGUUCAGCACCUGGCUCUAUUCUCUAGCGGAAGCCGCCAGCGCAGUGAUUGUUCCAAACACCAGCUUCGACCCCAAACCAGUUCGAAGCGAUGUUCGUGGAAAUAAGAAAGGGAAUUCCUUUGUCAACGCACACUCAGAAGAACCUGUAUCGGAUCCCCGCACCACAUCGUCAUCCAGAUUGAAAGUAGUUCACGAUAGCUGCCCAGUAUGCAAGGGAACCUGCAAGUGGAUCGCCAAAUGCAAGAACUUCAUAGAGUUCUCUCGUGACUCACGCUGGGCUACAGUGCGAGACCUCGGCCUCUGUCGGAGAUGUUUGCGUCGACACAAUGGAGGAUGUCAAGCCAAGCUGUGUGGGAAGAACGGGUGCGAGCUAAAACACCACGAGUUGCUACACAACGAUCAGAAGAACACGUCACCGUUCAAGGAUACAGCACCCAAUACCACGAACAAACCUACAACACAGCGCAGUGAUCCUGCUCAACCAGGAACAAGUACGUCGGGACACGGAUGCCAUACUCAUCAGGUUACAUCCAGUCAGGUUCUAUUCCGCUACCUGCCGGUAGUACUUCAAGGAAAAUACGGUUCGAUCAAGACGUUCGCCUUUCUGGAUGACGGAUCAGCGCUCACACUUCUAGAUAAAGAUUUAGCCAAGGAGUUGCAGCUUGAUGGGGAGAAAAAACCACUGUGUUUGCACUGGACGGGUGGAGCGCAACGACGAGAAAUCAACUCAAAGGCCGUAAGUCUGGACGUGGCAGCAACACAUUGCCCCACCAAGAGGUAUACCUUGAACGGCGUGCGCACAGUAGAUGAGCUUCUGCUUCCAUCACAAACGCUCAAUGUAGAGGAACUCGGCAAACUGUAUCCUCAUCUCAAGGAUUUGCCGAUCACCUCGUAUGAAAAUGUUCGCCCGAGAAUUCUGAUCGGUAUGAAGGAUCAACACCUAAGCCUGGUCCUAAAGAGCCGAGAGGGAACACGUGAGCAGCCGAUCGCUGUGAAGACCCGACUAGGUUGGACGAUUUGUGGAGGAGGAAACCAAGACGAUGUUCCAAACCUAGUGCACUCAGUGUUCCAUAUGUGCCCAUGCGAAUCACAAAUGGAUGAGGAUCUACACAAGGCGAUCAAAGAAUACUUCACAAUCGACAGCUUGGGAAUUGCGCAACCGAAGAUAGCACUCAUGUCCGCAGAAGAUGAACGAGCCCAAACCCUGCUUGAAUCUCGCACCGUUAUCAAGGGUGACCGCUACGAAACCGGCUUGCUAUGGCGAUAUGACAAUAUUCGACUGCCGGAUAGUCGCCCUAUGGCUCUGCGCCGGCUCCAGUGUCUCAAGAAACGGAUGGACAAAGAUCCAAAGCUCGCUGAAGCGAUCAAUUUGAAAAUCGCCGAUUUCGUCAUGAAAGGAUACGCUAGAAGACUCACCAAUGAGGAGCUGAAGCAACCAUUCCAUCGGGUCUGGUAUUUGCCGACUUUUCCGGUUGUCAACAUCAAUAAACCGGGAAAAAUCCGAAUUGUAUGGGACGCUGCUGCCUCUGCGUAUGGAGUAUCGUUAAAUUCGGCUCUAUUAAAGGGUCCUGAUCAGCUUUGCGCACUGCUCGCUAUCCUCAUCCAGUUCCGGGAAGGCAAAAUUGCGCUCACUGGAGAUGUGCGUGAGAUGUUUUUACAAGUCCUCAUGCGCUCGGAAGACCAGCAUUGCCAGCGAUUCUUCUGGUAUGACGAGGAAGGUAACAUCGUGGUCUACAUCUUGCAGGUGAUGACCUUCGGAGCCUGUUGUUCCCCUAGCAGCGCUCAGUUCGUCAAGAAUAUAAACGCGGAACGAUUCAAAGCAGCAUACCCAGCAGCAGUUGAAGUCAUCCAGAAGCGGCAUUACGUCGACGAUAUGCUGGUAAGCGUUGAGACGGAAGAUGAGGCAUUUCAACUUGCGCAACAGGUGAAAAAGGUGCACUCGAAAGCUGGAUUCGAGAUGCGCAACUGGAUAAGCAACUCGAAACGCGUUGUGCGGGAUCUGCAAGAAGAACAUACAGAUGAGAAGAACCUCGAUCUGUCGCUGGAGCUAGCCACCGAGAAAGUGCUCGGAAUGUGGUGGUGUACUGAUUCAGAUACCUUUACCUACAAGGUCGGAUGGACUCGCUAUGGAGAAGCGCUAUUGAAAGGUCAACGACAUCCAACCAAGAGAGAAAUGUUACGCGUUCUUAUGUCUAUGUUUGAUCCGCUCGGACUGAUCGCACAUUUCCUCAUGUACCUUAAGGUGCUACUUCAAGACGUCUGGCGUUCCGGUAUAGACUGGGAUGAUGCAAUCGACGAUGCGCUGUUCGACAAGUGGCAAACAUGGCUGCAAGUGCUCCCGCAGGUUGAACGAGUCAGCAUUCCUCGAUGCUACCGUGCACGAACCUCUCCCAAUUGUAAAGACAUCCAGCUACAUACGUUUGUUGACGCUGGAGAUAACGGAAUUGCUGCGGCCUGUUACCUGCGCUUCGCUCAAGAUGAUGUCGUAGAAUGCAGAUUAGUAGCAGCUAAGACCAGAGUCGCUCCGUUGAAGUUUCUCUCAACACCUAGACUAGAACUUCAAGCAGCAUUGGUUGGGGCCAGGCUAGCACAAUCCGUAUCAGAUGCACUGUCAUUCCGAAUCUCUCGUCGCCACUACUGGUCGGAUUCCCAGGACGUACUUUGCUGGAUCAAAUCUGACCACCGAAGAUACUCCCAGUUUGUCGCGUUCCGAGUUAGCGAAAUCCUGGACACCACGGAGAUGAACGAAUGGAGAUACGUUCCUACAGAUUUAAACGUAGCAGAUGAUGGGACGAAAUGGAAAGGACUUCCUAGUUUGGCUUCAGAGACGAGAUGGUUCACCGGGCCCGAGUUCCUGCAGCACCCGGAAACUGGUUGGCCAGACUCAUAUACUAGCUCGAAUGAAGCCGUUCUCGAACUUCGCCGUAGCGUAUUAACUCACUUCAUUGCCCCGGAACCGAUAGUCUGUUCAAGCGAUUUCUCAGACUGGAAUCGGAUUGUGAAAGUGGUUGCUCUAGCUCAUCGUUUUCCUGCCAACUGCAAACUGAAGCGCCUCCAGCAACCGAUCGUAAGCGGACCUCUCACCAACCACGAAAUACUCACUGCCGAAUCCUAUCUCAUUCGCGUAGCACAACAGGAAGCCUAUCCGGAAGAAAUAGCAGUGCUUCAGAAGCCGCUACAGUGCUCGGAUCAACUAUCAACCCCGAUCCCCAAAUCAAGUCCGCUACACCAGAAGACGCCAUGGCUGGAUCAGAAUGGAAUCCUGAGGAUGCGCGGCCGCAUCGCCGCUUGUUUCUACGCAACCGAAGAUGCUAAACACCCCAAAAUACUCCCCCGUGACCACCACACCACCAAGUUAAUCGUUGCACACUACCACCAAAAAUACCACCAUCAGAAUCACGAGACCGUGAUAAAUGAGAUACGACAAAAAUACAGCAUACCGAAGCUACGCAUGACCUACACAAAAGUGCGAAGUGACUGCCAACGCUGUAAGAAUGACCGAGUGAUCCCGCGCCCACCAAUCAUGGCUGACCUGCCUGCUGCACGACUUGCAGCUUUCGAACGCCCAUUCACCCACGUUGGCGUUGAUUACUUCGGUCCGUACGAGGUCGUCAUAGGCCGACGAGUCGAGAAACGCUGGGGAAUGCUCGCUACCUGCCUCACAAUUCGCGCAAUUCACAUCGAGGUCGUUCACUCCCUCAACACCGAUUCUUGCAUCAUGGCGAUGCGAAACUUCAUUUCCCGCCGAGGAAAACCACGGGUGAUCUACAGCGAUCGAGGUACCAAUUUCAUUGGUGCAAAGCGGGAGAUGACGGAAGCUGAAGAAUCAGUCAACCAAAAUGAACUGAUGAGGGAGUUCGUGGAUGCUGGAACAACCUGGGAGUUCCUGCCUCCCUCUUCUCCACACAUGGGCGGUAGCUGGGAGCGCUUGAUCGGUUCCGUCAAAAAGAACCUAAUGGCGAUCCUACCAGCACGGAAGCUGUCGGACGAGGUCUUACGGAACCUGCUGACUGAAAUCGAGAACACGGUGAAUUCCCGCCCACUGACGCACGUUCCUGUCGAUGACGAUUCAGCUCCAGCCUUGACGCCCAACCACUUCCUUCUGGGCUCUUCCAAUGGAGUCAAGCCGCUCAGCACCAUUGAUGACAGCGGAGCAGUUACACGACAAAGUUGGCGAUUGUCCCAAGCCCAAACUAACCGGUUUUGGAAGCGUUGGGUAAGCGACUACUUGCCCGAGAUAACCCGGCGUACCAAGUGGUUCGUACAAACGAAGCCGAUUGAGGUCAACGACGUUGUGGUGAUAGCGGACCCGAAGAUGCCACGGAACUGCUGGCCGAAAGGCAAAAUAAUCUGCACUCAACCUGGACGAGACGGCCAACCCAGAUCAGCAACGGUGAGGACAUCGACCGGGAUCUACGAGCGUCCGGUUGCCAAACUAGCUGUUCUAGACGUGCGACGCGAAGCGGAGUAA